AUGACCAUCGUCGGCCUGACUGGCAUCUUUGCCGGGACUGCUAGCAUCGCAGCCUUCGACAAGCAGGCACCCGUGAACGACCUGUCAUUCGCCGACAGCACAACCGGACGACCGUGGGAAGAGUGUGGCCACUACAGCAACGAAUGGUGGGGCGUCGACCUUGGGAGCGAGGUGUAUGUGAGCUUCGUGCGCCUGCAGAACCGCAACGACUGCUGCCCGGAGCGGCUGACGGACGUCAGCAUCUAUCUCGGCUCAAACGGAGGUGAUUACACGGGAAACACGCUGGUAAAAUCAAACGUGGACGUACAGGCGAAUAUGAUGUUGGAGGUGGAGAUCAACAUGAUGGGGCGCUAUAUUUAUCUUCGACGAACAAGUGUGCAGGGUUUUGGCGGGCUGACGGCGUGCGGCGUCAACAACGACGUCGUUGAGGCGCCCGUCGCCGAGGCGCCCGUCGCCGAGGAGGCCGUCGCCGAGGAGGCUGCCAAGGAGAUCGAGAAGCCGGCCAAGACCGUUUCCAACACGCCCGACCCAGCGGACACCACCUGCUACCCGGGCCUGCCCACGCCGAUGGCGGCAGGGAAGAGCGGGCCCGCGUCGGCCCGCAGCGGCUCCGGACCGGGCUACGUGGACGGCGUCGAGGCUGCAGUCCGCCGGCUGGGCGAGAGCGUCAGCUACCAGGCUACGCCCGCCGACGGCAAGAAGUCGCCGUCGCCGGGAGUCCCCACCUCCGGCGGCAUUGCGCCCGUGGCGCCCAAGCCCCUUGGCGCGGUCGCGGGCGCGGGGCUGGCUGAGGCCGAGGCCGCCAAGGAGCGCGAGCACUGGGAGGGGCGGCUCAAGAAGGCGAAGGCCGCGCUCGAUCUCAUUGCCGAGCAACGGGAGAAGUGGGCGGACUUGCAGUCGCGGCGCUCGAGGAAGCGCCAUUCGCCGCUGGCACGUGCGGCGCCGGCGCUGGCACGUGGCGGCUACACGAAGGCCGAGGGCGCCUUCCGGUGGCUGCUCCUCGUCUGCAUGCCCGCCUUUGGCCACUGCGCGUCCGCCGUGCCUAGCCCGACGGCGGUGGCCUCGUCCUUCUCGUCUGCCGUCGCCUCGGCAGCCUCCGUCGCCUCGGCGGCGUCCUCUGACUUCUCAUCCGGCGUCGCCUCGGCGGCGUCCUCGGCCUUCUCGCCCGCCGUCGCCUCGACGGCGUCCUCGCUCGUGAGCUGCUCGCCGCUUCUCAUGCCCGCAAUCGUGCUCAUCCUCCUCGCCAUCGCCUGCGGCGCCAUCGGCACGGUGAUGUGGCGCCGCAACUCAAAGGCCCGAAGAAGGCCCGACCGCCCGACCGACCCGAAGACGGCCCCAACCGGCGUCACCACAAACGCGCCAGCUCUCAAGCCGGUCACCGAAGACGCGCCGGCUCUCGAGCCGGUCACCGCCGGCGGCGCGCCGCUGCCGUCGAUCAAGGAGCUUCCAGCGGCGAGCGCCGCGCACUCUGCGCCGCGCGGCGACGCCGACUGGACCGUCUCGGCCAAGGAGUCUCCGCCAGCGGAGAAGCUCGCCCCGGCGGGCAUCCCCGACAGGACCACCCCGUCGAAGCCGCGCCGCAAGAAGCGGCGCAAGGGCGCGUCCGCCCCGAUCGUCCGCACCAAGAGCAUCGCCCCGGUCGGCGGCAACAACCGGUUCCGGGCCCUGCUCGGAAUGGACGGCAACGAGGGCAUCCUCGGCGGCACCGGCAAGGUGCCCUGCGGCUCCACGCCGUCGACCACAGACUCGGGCGCGACGGCCAACGUCGAGACGACCACGAUUGCCACGCCGGAGGGCUCCGUCUCUGCCUCCGGCUGGUUCUCUUGGCCCAAGUUCUGCCCGUCCUACCUGCUCCGCCUCUUUGGCAUCCUCGCGCUGCUCUGCCUCGGAACCGCGUUUGCGCUCUCCUCGUACUCUGCCACCUCCGCGCUUCUCUCCUCGCAGUGGCACGAGUCCCCGACUUCCUUUCCCGCAGUCACAACGCCGAUCGCUCCGGCAUCGCGUAACGGCUUCUGCGAGAUUGGCGGCAACGACACCAACAGCUCGUUUGCAGCCAUCGCCUCUUCGGACAGCGUGCCCGCCGACCACCCGAUGCUUGCUCGCUCGCGCUUGCUAGUACCCGCACCGCGCCAGCUCGUGACCCACAGCCCGCGCGCUGUUCAGGGCGGGCACGAGGAGGGGCGCUUGUUGGAAGCACUGAUGGACGACGUCAAAGAGGCGGUGGGCGAGCCGUUGCGCCUGAUUGGCCAGCCGCCGGCGUCCAUCAAGGACGUUUACGGGAAGCAGCCGGGCGAGGCCGACUUGGAGACCGUCCUCGCCUCGCGCAACAGCACGGAGCGCAAGGGCGAGCCCGAGAUUGACUUUGUCG